CGAAGAAGAAGGAGGAGGAGGAGGAAGCGGAGUUAGUUGUCGAAGAGGCUGAUGUUCGGCUUUUGACGGAUGUUUGUGUGCGUGUGUCCAAAGACAACAGACUGUCUGUGAUGUUGAGGAGGACAGACAGAGGCUGCUCCGUUCCUCGGCACAGUUAACCUCCUGGGAGGCCUGUUCCCAAUGCUAUGGCCUCCGGCCACGGCUCGUUCCCCGUGCCUCGUCCCAGCAGAGGAGGCCGAGAUGGGUUCUACCACAAGGCUCCAGAUCCCUCCCCUCCCCGCCGCCGGCCUGUCCGCCCGCUGCCUGACGUCUGUCCCAAGGAGCCCAUGGGUGAGGGGCGGGGCCUGUGUGACGGCCCGUCUGUGGUGGCGGAGCACGAGCGGUGGACGGUCUACAGCUCAAAGGUUAAUCUUCCCGCCGCACUGAACGACCCACGGCUUGCCAAAAGGGAGUCGGACUUUUUCACCAAAACAUGGGGCGUGGACUUUGCAGAGACCGAGGUGAUGCCCUCAUUCUGCCUCCCCAACAUCACCAGGGAUCACUUCACAUCCUACCUGCAGGACAUGGCUCAGAAGGAAAGAAUUCAUGAACGCUGUAAGACCAUCUGUCCCAACAAAGACGACGUGGACGCAGUUUCCAGCAUCACGACGAAUCACGAUAAAUCCAGAGCUGAGCUGGAACAAGUGCCAAAGAUCUUCAUGAAGCCUGACUUUGCUCUGGAUGACCCGACCACCUUCAGCACCGUCCUGCCGUGGUCUCACUUUAACAGCGCUGGAGGGAAGAGCGGCCGAGAUGUAGCCUCGUCCAAACUGCUGCAGGAGAAGUUGAGUCACUACCUGGAUGUGGUUGAGGUGAGCAUUGCCCGGCAGAUCUCGCUGCGCUCUGACGCCUUUUUCCACGCCAUGUCCUCUCAGCAUGAGCUGCAGGACCGGCUGCAGGAGACGCAGCGCGCCGUGGCCGUGCUGCGGGGACGGACCGCUGCCAUGGAUCGGGUCAUGUGCCAGGGGCCCCUCAGGGCCCUGCGCGCCGCCCUGACCAGGAACAACUGUGUGAAGCUGCACAACAAGAUGAAGCUGAUGGCGGCAGUGCACCAGACACAGCCCACGGUCCAGCUGCUGCUCUCCACCUCCGAGUUCGUCAGCGCACUGGAGCUUAUCGCCACCACGAAGGAGGUGCUGCAGCAGGAGCUGCAGGGGAUCCACAGCUUCAGACAUCUGGGCUCUCAGCUGUGCGAGUUGGAGAAGCUGAUCGAUAAGAUGAUGGUGGAGGACUUCAGCAUGUACGCCAGGAGUGACCUGAGCCGCAGCCUGAAGGAGGAGCCGCAGGUGGUGGAGAAGGAGCGUCUGGAGUCGCUGGUGUUCGGCCUGCUGCGGCAGAGGAAGCUGGACUUCCUGCGCAUUUACAGCGACGAGGUGAUCGUUGCUGCCAAAGCCAUCGUCACUCAGUGUGUGACUGAAAGUGUUUUACACAUCGACGAAAUUGACACUGAAGUCGUCACAAAGCUUGCUGACCGCAUGCGUCUGAUGACGACCCCUCAGUGGUUUGAGCUGCUGAAUAACAUCUUUGACAGGUUCCUUCUCUUCCUGCAGAGGAUCAAGGCCACUCUGGGUGUGAUCAGGAACGUAGUUCUACAAGUUCUGGAGUCAAACCUGAAAGCCCGGCUGCUGGAGGAGGCCGGUUCAAUGGCUUCAGACCAGCUGCCUUUCCAGGGUCCCCUGCAGGUGCAAGGGGAGGCAGAGCUCGCCUACCUCACCCACGAGGGCCUGUUCAUUAGCGACGCUCUGCCUGGGGCUCAGCAGCUCGAUCAGAGCUCCAGUCUCCAGGUUCAGGUGGAAGCUGCUGGCAGCGAGUCCACCUCGGACACCGCAGAGUCCUUCGCCAACCAGGAGCAGGGACUCCAGGCAGCAGGGGGCGCCACCUUUAUGCCCAGUGAGAACAUGAUGCCCUCUGAGCUGGAGUUGAACCACGUGCUCAGCAGCAUCCAGGAGCUGCUCCACACCGCGUCGGACAUCAGCCACGACCGCUGUGUCAAAGUCCUCACCGCCAGAGCCAAGGACGGCUCUCUGGAGCGUCUCAGCUCGGCGGAGUUCGUGUGCCUCUCGCAGGCGGUGGAAGCUUUUGUCAGGGACACAGAGAAGCUGUGCGGCAGGCGCAGUAUCUCCCUGAGGGGGGCGCUGCAGAGCCAAGCCAAUCGCUUUGUUCAGCGCUUUCAUGAAGAACGUAAAACCAAACUCAGCCUCCUCCUGGACAACGAGAGGUGGAAGCAGGCCGACGUUCCUGCUGAGUUCCAGGAUUUGGUCAACUCCAUCGCUGACGGCAGAAUAACACUACCGGAGCGCAAAACAUCAGGUCCAGACAGCAGGAAGCCUGCAGAGUUCCUGCUCGUCAGCGGGCAGAAAUACGCCGUCGUCGGAACUGUUCUGCUGCUGAUUCGGAUCUUUCUGGAAUACUGUCAGUGUGUCAACGACAUCCCGUCCAUUGCCACCGACAUGUUGACCCGCCUGUCCGACCUCCUCAAGCACUUCAACUCUCGAAGCUGCCAGCUGGUUCUGGGAGCCGGAGCGCUACAGGUCGUCGGUCUGAAGACCAUCACCACCAAAAACCUGGCGUUGGCGUCGCGCUGCCUGCAGCUGGUGGUUCACUACAUUCCCGUCAUCAAAGCUCACUUCAUGACCAAACUGCAGCCUAAACAGUUCAGCGUGCUGCGACACUUUGACCACAUCAUCAAGGAUUACAACGAUCACAUCACAGAGAUCUUAGCCAAGCUGGUGGCCAUCAUGGACGGCCUGUUUGAGAAGGUUCUAGCAAAGUACGAGGUGAAGGCGCCGAUGCCCUCCGCCUGCUUCAGGAACAUCUGUAAGCAGAUGACCAAGAUGCACGAAGCCAUUAAUGAGCUUCUACCUCAAGAACAGACGCAGACCUUGUUCCUGAGGAUUAACGCCGGUUUUAAACUGCACCUGAAGAGGCAGCUGUCUCGACUCGGCGUGAUCAACGACGGCGGGCCGCAGCACGGGCUGGUGGUGGCGGACGUGGCGUUCUACACGGAGAACGUCCAGGCGCUGAGGAGUCUGGAGUGCCUCGACCUCAACAUGGCCGAAAUUUGGGAGCAGAAGAGGUGAUGAUGGAGGCGCCGCCGUCUUCCUCAUCCACGGCCGGUCCAACGGGACCAACGGGAGAGGGUCCCUGAGGGGCCAGAUGGUGAAGAGCGCCACCUAUGGACACUCUACAAAGUAACACACAAACUGUGCCAUUCAGGACUGCUCGUAAAUUAUUGGAGAGGUUUUUAAAGAGGGUGUGUAAAUGAUGGGUUAAUUUAUUUUUCUGCUCCUUUCUUCACUCUGGAUGAUGGGAACUUAUUGCUGCCACUUGGGGGCGACAAAAUGCUUUCAGAUUUCUUAUUUCAGCCAAAACAUUUCCU